AUGCCGCGAUACGGACAGCAAGGGGGGGAGGCCGCCAGCGGCGCAAACCAGAUGGCGGCGGAGGAAGCAGCAACGCGGCAACCAGCACCAGAGCCCGUUGACAUGCAAGGUCCGUGGGGAUGCGAUGGCGGGGUGCUAUUCACUGGAGUUGUAUGGUUUGACCGGCGGCGCAGUGCGGUAAUGAAGAGUUUUCAGUGGCGCUUCAUCGCGCAUACCCCGUUCAGUCACGCCCGCAUAACCACUCCCUCCCUCGCCCAUCCCACUCAACCCCCUCCCCCGUUGUUGAUGCAUUUCGGAAGAAGCUCACCAUCCCUGCCCCUCUCCCUUUCCCCCCAAACCACCCCCACUCUCCCCGCCCCCUCCCCCCACUCCUCCUCGCCUCCCGCCCGCUCCCGCCCUUGCCCCCUGCCCGCUGCCCGCCGCGCAGUGUCGCUGUUCGGCGAGGGCAUGCGGCUGCGGCCGCUAUCGGCGGACUGCAAGCGGCGGUGGCGCAUGGAGAUGGGCAUCAUGCUGUCCGUGUGCCAGCACAUCGUCGAACUCGUGCCGCAGUCGCAACCCAUGCCCGACGGCUCCACGCAGGAGGUGAUGGUGACGAAGCAGCGGGACGACCUGCGGCAGCAGCUGCCUGCUCUGCGCAAGCUGGACGACAUGCUGCUGGAGAUGUUGGACGAGUGCAACAGCACGGAGUACUGGUACACACAGGAGCGCCCCGACCCUGUCGCCAACGGCGCAGUGGACGCACACAAGGCCGCAGGCUCCUCGUCCCGUCGCAACCCGCGCCACCGCGACGGGUGCACGUGCGCGGAUUGCCAGGCGGACGCUGAAGACGACGACGGGUACGGGGGCGGAGGAAAAAAAGGGUCGAAAGCCCGAGGGGGCGGGGGCGGCGGCGGCGGCAGCAGCGGUGGGGGUGGCGGCGGGGGAGGGGUGAUGCGGGAGUCGAAGACCGGCAAGUGGUGGCGGCCGGUGCCGCGGGUGCCGGUGUGUGGGUUGAGUGAGGCGCUGCGCAAGCACCUGGAGCACCAGAUGGAGAAGGCGGCUCAGAUUGUCAAGCUCGCCAUGGCCAUCAACACACAGGCGCUAGAGGAUAUGGCUGUGCCCGCUGCUUACACCGACAACCUGCCCAAGGUACCGCUGGUCGGGGCGGGCGGCACUGGGAGAUCAGAUAUAUUCGGUGAUAAUGAGCAGCAGCUUCAGUGUGGAUCGUGUGUUGGACACAGUGGACCUCACCAACGAGCACGCGGCGCUCAAGCUCGCCUGCCGCCUUUUGAGUCGACUCAAAAAGCCCACCACUCCACCCACUCGCUCAUGCAAUCCUCCUCCCCCGUCCGUCCCUACCCCUGCCCCUGCCCCACCCCCUUCCCCUACCCCCGCGUCUCACAGUCGGGGCGGGCGGCACUGGGCGAUCAGAUAUACUCGGUGAUAAUGAGCAGCAGCUUCAGUGUGGACCGGGUGUUGGACACAGUGGACCUCACCAACGAGCAUGCUGCACUCAAGCUCGCCUGCCGCCUCGAGGCCGCUGUGUACCACUGGCGCAAGAUGGCCCCGCCUCCCCCCACCAGGUCCCCCCAGCUGACGCAUUCAAUGAGCGGGCACUACUCGAGCUCUGGUCCGCUGGGGAGAGAUGUGUCCAAGUUUGAGGAGAACGCCAACCGAGCAGAGGCGUGUCUGCGCAGCAUCAAGGACCGCUGCCCCUCACUGCCCCAAACCACUCUCGACACCUCCAAAAUCCUCUACAACACGGACGUGGGGAAGGCAGUAUUGGAGAGCUAUUCCCGUGUGUUAGAGGGAGUGGCAUCGAGUGUGCGCACGCGCAUCCUGGACGUGCUACACGCGGACUACCUCGCCCACAACCCCGACGAGCACACACAGGACCGCCCCCUGCCCACACGCGUGGUGGACGAGCACCCGCCGCAGCAAAUGAGGGAGCGGCACCUGGACUUCAGCCUGCACAUCCCCGACAGCGCGUUUGACGCGGCCUCAGAUUACGACGAGACGGGGUCGGUUUAUUCUGAUUGGAGCACGCCGAAUCUCACUCCUGUGGGGCCGGCUCCUCACCAUGUGCACGGGCACGGGCAUGGGCAUGGACAUGGGCAUGGGCAUGGGGGAGGGGGAGUGGGGUAUGGUGGGAGUGGGCAUGGCGGGGCGGGAGGGAGCGGGUCCGGCGUGCGGACGUUUGAGAUUCGGCAGCAGAGCCUGCCAGUGCGGCUGGGAAGCAAUGACCCGCGCAUGCAGGCAGAGGCACAGCGGGCCAUAGAAGCCGCCGGGGGGGGAGGGCCACGGGGGGUGUUGCGGCCACACAGCCCCAUGCACGCACAAGGGAUGGAGGGGGGGAGAGGCUUAGGAGAGGCGGGCAUGGGGGGUGGUGGUGGCGGCAUGGUGCCUCCUCCGUUCAUGCGGUCUGUCACGUCUCCCACCCACCGUGCGUCUUCCUCUCUUGAAUCCUCUGCGCCAGGGGGAGGAGGGGGGAACGCAGGUCGGGGCAUGCAGAACAUGCAGGGUCACAAUAGCUUCAGUGGCCGCCCAUCUCCUCCUACCGGCCAGUACCCAUACUCCCCCCCUGAGCACCGCUUUGCACCUGGACAAGGGCAAGGGCAUGGGCAAGCGCAAGGGCAAGCACACGGACAGGGGCAAGGGCAAGAGCAAGAGCACCAGGGAGGUGGGGCGAGUGCAGUGCCGUACAACCAUGCAGCUGCAGCGGCGGCGGCGGCAGCAGUAGCAGCUCGCAAUCUGAACCGUUCAAACUCAUGGAAGGGUUUCCUGCCAUCGCGCAGGGGAUCUACCCACCAUGCCGCCGCCGCUGCUGCUGCCGCUGCUGCAGCAGCAGCAGGUGGUGGCACGGGCAUUGUAGGGGGGUCAUCAGGAGGCGGAGGAGAAGGAGGAGGAGGGGGGGGGAGUCCGCAGAUGGCUGGGGGAGGUGGGGCGUAUGGUGGUGAAGGAGGGUCGCCGAACACAGGAUAUGGUGUGUACAGCAUGGGAGGAGGAGGGGACAUUGUAGGAGGCAUGGUUGGGUCUCGUAGUGGCCCCUUGCCUCCUCAUGCUCCCAGGGGCCUGGGGCACAAGCAGAACAGCGGUGACUGGAGCAUGUCGUGA